AUGUUGACAAACGAAGACGGCGAAACUACUUCACAUUUGAUGGGCAUGUUCUACCGAACAUUAAGGAUCGUCGACAAUGGAAUCAAGCCACUAUACGUAUUUGAUGGUGCCCCUCCCAAGCUCAAGUCUGGAGAGCUUGCAAAACGUUUUCAGAGAAAAGCGGAAGCCACUGAGGGUUUAGAAGAGGCAAAAGAAACGGGUACUGCAGAGGACGUUGAGAAAUUCUCGCGAAGAACCGUCCGUGUCACAAGAGAGCAUAAUGCCGAAUGCCAGCGUCUUUUGAAAUUAAUGGGUAUCCCAUUCAUCAUUGCUCCUACAGAAGCAGAGGCACAAUGUGCUGUUUUGGCACGAGCUGGGAAGGUAUACGCUGCAGCAAGCGAGGAUAUGGAUACAUUAUGCUUCGACUCACCCGUCCUACUUCGACAUCUUACGUUCAGUGAACAACGUAAAGAGCCAAUUCAAGAGAUUUUUGUCGAUAAGGUUCUUGAGGGCCUAAAUAUGGACCGUAAACAGUUCGUUGAUUUAUGCAUUCUUCUCGGUUGCGAUUACCUCGAUCCGGUACCCAAAGUAGGUCCUUCGACAGCACUGAAACUCAUUCGUGAGCACAAGACCUUGGAGAACUUUGUCGAAUACGCUCAGAAGACGGGAAAAUUCGCUAUACCAGAAGAUUGGCCAUACAAAGAUGCUCGGGAGCUUUUCUUCAAUCCCGAUGUUCGGCCAGCUGAUCAUGAGGACUGUGAAUUCAAAUGGGAUGCACCAGAUGUUGAUGGUCUUGUACAAUUUUUAGUGACAGAGAAAGGGUUCUCUGAGGACCGAGUCCGCGCUGGUGCCGCAAGAUUACAAAAGCAGCUAAAAAGCGGACAACAAGCGCGACUUGAGGGAUUUUUCAAACCUGUUCCAAAAACCGAGGAGCAAGUCAAGAGCUUAAAACGUAAGAAUGAGGCGAAGGUUGAGGAGAAAAAGAAGAAAGUCAAGGAGGAAAAGAAAGAAAAGAAGCAAGCCAAGGGCAAACCAAGAGGAGGAGCAUGA